CUCAGUUGCCAAGACAAUGAGGCCCGAGGGAGACGACGCAGCCGUGGCUGCAGCCAGCUCCAAACUUUUUCGGUGUGCUUGGGUGAGGCGUUUGGUACCACUGGUUUACAGAGAGGAACUCUACCAAGUCUUACGGCUCACAGGUCCACUGGUGGUGUCUCGGUUUCUGAACUUCCUCCUGUCAUUUGUUAUCACCAUAUUCUGUGGGCACAUUGGCAAUUCAGAACUGGCUGGAUUUGCACUCGCCUCAGCGAUCAUCAACACGACCACAGCUUCAACGGGCCAUGGCCUCAACGUGGCCUGUGACACACUCAUUUCUCAGACGUACGGCGGUAGGAACAUGAGACGUGUGGGAGUAAUCCUUCAACGGAGUUCAUUGAUCUUGCUGUUGUUUUGUUUGCCCUGUUGGGCUCUUCUCAUCAAUACUCACAACUUGCUGCUCAUGUUACACCAAGACACUGAGGUGGCGAGAAUUGCCCAAAUCUACGCACUGGCCUUUAUUCCUGCUGUUCCAGCCAUGUUUCUGUACGAGCUGCAAGUUUCCUACCUACAAAACCAAGGGAUCAUUAUGCCUCAGUUGUACACAGCAGCCGCAGCAAACGUUUUUAAUGUGGGGGCCAACUACUUCUUAAUCUACAGCCUCGAGUUGGGAGUCCUUGGAUCAGCUUUAGCUAACGCCCUUUCUCACAUCUCCAUCUGCCUGCUGCUGUUUGGCUACAUCCGAUGGAAGAAGCUCCAUCAGGAGACAUGGGGAGGCUGGUCCACCGACUGUCUGCAGGAGUGGGGCUCCUAUAUGAAGCUGGCUAUUCCCAGUACAUGCUUGGUCUGGUUUGAUUGGUGGAUGUGGGAGGUUGGAGGUUUCCUUGCUGGUCUACUGGGAGAGGUGGAUCUGGCGGCCCAGCAUGUUUUGUUGGAAAUAGGAAUUAUUAUAUCUAUGUUCCCUCUGGGUAUCCGUGCAGCUGCCUGUGUGCGUGUUGGGAAUGCUCUGGGUGCCGGGAACACUACCAGGGCCAUAAUCACUUGCAAAGUAGUGCUGGUUCUGGCAGGAGUGCUUGCUGUGUUCCAGGGUUGUAUCCUCGCUGGCUGUAAGUCCGUCGUUGGCUACAUAUUUACAUCUGAUGAAGAAAUUGUGGGGAUUGUCUCAGAUAACCUCACAGUCUACAUAUUUCUGCAGUUCAUUGAUGCUCUUCUGUGUGUUUGCUUAGGAAUUCUUAUCGGAUCUGGAAUGCAGAAAAUUGUUGCCUUGUCCAACCUGGUGUCUUUCUACGUCAUCGGUCUACCAGUGGGAAUAGCUCUGAUGUUUGCUACUAAGCUCAGAAUAUUAGGUUUGUGGCUCGGUAUCUUAACAUGUAUAUUCUUGGAGACGGGUUUCUUCCUCAUUCUAAUCUUCAAACUAAACUGGAAGAAAGUCACAUUAAAGGCUCAACAGCGAGCUGGAAAGAAAGUUACGUUGAUACCAAAGCGCCCUGUUAGAGCAGAGCUGAGUGAAGGGAUGGUGAUGGACAUCUCUUCCUGUCCUGAAGCCCAGUUGGACGGUGAAAGAGCUCCUGCAGUGGGGGGCUACGGUCCAGUCAGCACCCAGGAUCAGGAGCUGAAAGGUGGACACGAGGCGGAGACCGACGACACAAAUACAGGACGACCUGUGGGGGAAGACGAAGGGACACAAAAGACCUCAAACACCAAACCUUCAGCGCCGCUUUCUGUCUCUGAGCUGAUCUGGCGCCGUGGACUGAUCUUCUUGGUUUCAGCUCUAGUUUUGGUCACAGGUGUCGCUUUUCACAUCGCGUUCCCCGUACAGGAGCCCUCCAUCCAGAGCAGGACCAACUUUACCCAGAACUGGACUAAUGACUCAAGUUCGACGACACUGACCCCACAGGACCUGACCCCAAGCCGCUGAGCGUUCUUUGACCUCUGAAUGUAGACAUCUAGCAGCUGAACACACUUCUCACAAACUGACAAUUUGGAUAUCCUAGUAGGAAUAAUGUUGAGUGCAUAGGCUACUUGAAGAACAGGUGUUUUUAUAUAAAACUGCAACCUGAUAUAGAAUAGUGGAUUUGAAUUGUGUGAAGGAAAAAAAUGCCGCUGGCAGGAAAACCAAAGGUCCUGUUACAAGGAUCGUCUUUUAUCCUGAGGUGCUAAACUGGAAUUCCAUACACUCAAUAAAUCCUCCGACAAAAAUCAUGAAA